ACACUGCAUCUUCCCUCAUAAAAAGGAAAUAACUGAUAUGGAGAGAUGCUCAUACCAUAAUAUGACUCAACACCACCUCUCCAAGAGCCCAUCCCAGAGGCUAGAGAACAUAGUGGAAGAAGAUGCAGAAGAAGUAGAAGAAGAAAAGGAAGAUGAUAUUGCAGGAGGAGGACUUAUAACCAGCUGUUGUGUGGCGUCGCUGCAGCCGCCAGAGACUCCGACGGAGACGAUGGAGUUUCUGGCGCGGUCGUGGAGUUUGUCGGCGGUGGAGAUCUCGAAAGCGCUGACGCUGCUCGAGAGCAGAGAUCAGAUCGUUAAUCCCGAAACCAAGAAGCUGCAGGGAGUAGUGAGCUCACCUGCAGCUGAGGAUACAGUUUCACAUGAAUCUAGACCAAAAAUAGCACUUCAGCUCCCAGUGGCCACUGAGAAAGCAGUUGGAGUAAGCCCACCGAUCUCCCCUAGAGAUAAUAUAGAGAUGAAGCUUCUUCGUGCCGGAGCGCGGGCGAAGACAAUGGGAGGAUGGCUCAAGGAGCAGAAGGAGAAGAAGCGGGCCGAGGCUCGAACACGCAACGCGCAAUCGUAUGCUGCCACAUCGGUGGCGGGGGUCGCGGCAGCAGUGGCUGCAGUCGUUGCUGGUGCAGUGUUUUCGUCUGACGGAUCUGACAGCAACGACAGAAACGCGAAGAUGGCGGCGGCGAUCGCAUCCGCCGCCACGCUCGUGGCGUCGCACUGCGUGGAGAUGGCGCAGGUAAUGGGGGCCGGGCAUGACCAGAUCGCGAUGGCGGUUCGAUCGGCAGUUAAUGCGCAGACCUGCGGGGACAUCAUGGCACUGACUGCUGGAGCUGCAACUGCGCUGCGUGGCGCAGCGACGCUGAGGGCAAGACUCCACAGGGAAACACAGGGGAUUGCAGCUCUCAUUGGAGAAGAGAAAGGAUCAGAGAAAUACUCAUCACCCUUAGUUUUCGUCUCGAGAGGAGGCGAGCUUCUUAAACUCACAAGAAAAGGUGUACUUCACUGGAAACAAGUUUCGGUUUACAUAAACUCCAGCUUGCAGGUGGUUGUUAAAAUGAAAAGUACGCACAUGGGCGGCACGUUCGUUAAAAAGAAGAAGAGUAAGACUAAAUUGACCAACUUCCAUAUUCGUAACUCGCGAUUUCGGUCGCAGUUCGUGCAAAUUUCAGUAAAAGAUUCUUUCUCUUUCUCAGGUGUAGUAAUCGAUGUCUGCUCAGAAAUCCCGGCAUGGCCUGGCAGAGAGCUCGAAGGCGGAUGCGAUCAGCGAGCUUACUUCGGGAUCAAAACGCCAGAAAGGUUGAUCGAGUUCGAGUGCAGAAACAGAUUCGACAAACAGUUGUGGGUCGAAGGCGUAAGACAGAUGCUGAACCGCAAUGCCAGUAUGAAUAUAACUUCAUUGAUGUGAAAAUUUUGGUGAGACUCGGAAUAACGAAAUUCGGUUUGCUGUGGGACAUAUGACUGAUGAGUUGAAUAAAUUUGUAACUCUCUGCAAUAAAUAAU